AUGUCGCACCGUGUCAACUUGGGUCAGGCUUGCUUCCAGACAACUGACUCCCCUUUGAAGCUUCAACUCACAGCAACGGCUCACUUCAAAUUACCAAUCAAUUCUUCAAACCAGAUUCCACAGAUCCAUGAUAUUCAAUUGCUUUAUCUUCUCUCCUUCUGGGUUACAGAAGCACCCGAACUCGAACUCCGACUUCACUUCGACGUCAAUCCACGCCUGGCGUGGACUCUCUCAAGCCUGGUCUCAACCUUGGGCGAAAAGAUGUGCAAUUCAAAGGUUUGGUCAGAUCUUGGCUCCACAAUCGUCUUCAAAAGCUGCGAACCCUCGGAGACCAAUGGCUCUCGUAUAAGCUGUCUGAUAUUUGGACUUUGCAGAGGAACGCACUCGCAGAACCAAAUCAUCAGUCGGAGGGUCCCAUCAAUUUUGAGAAACCCUCCCGGGGCUCACCCGCCAACCAGCCAUCCCGUGAUAUAUCUAGCGGCAAUUGACAUAUAUCUGGAGUAUAGCUUGCCACUGGCAGCGCAUCCGGAAAUAAAAAUGGAGGUGGAUGAGAUUGCCCCCUCAGGUGACUUUUUGCAGAUUUUGGAACCGGAUCCUGCACUCUACUCCAUGCCAUCAGAGAUAUAUAUUCCAGACGACAGACUCGGAGAUUCGGAAGACGCUGAGAUCCAAUUUGAACUUGAAGUGCCAGGCUAUUGGCAAUUCACGGACUUGAAUCUUCUCAACCCUAACUUGAACCAGCAUCCUAUUCCACAAGAAAACGACGGCUCUACAGAUAACUCGGACCUUUCAGCGACAUACCAGCUACUCGACAAAUCUCUCCGGAGAUUGGUGUUAGCAGGCCCAUUAAGAGCCCAUCCAACAGAAUCCACUCAAUCAGACUCGCUGGAAAGGAUGUCGGAUUUAGCGCCGGCCAUAUUCAACCCAGUCUACCGUCAGGCCAUGGAGCAGCGAGCAGUGUCCAUACCAAUAAUAUCAAAAGCGAUAACCUCGAUGGUGGAGGGCAGUCAGAAUGCAGAAUUGAAGCGCAUGGCCGAGAUUCUUCUACAGAGCGUCGAUAAUUCGAUCCCGAAUGACACAGCCAGCUUACCCGGUCAAAGAAGACUGAACCACGCUAUUCAAUCAUCCCUCUGGCGCAUCGCACAAACAAAGCUUCGUGGGAUCAAAAAUACCAUGAAGGCGACUUCUUUCUUUGAUAUUUCUGGAUCGACGUCGCUGAAUGCAACUGCCGACGCGGGGUUCAAUAUGCUCCUUGAACACGAGAUUUAUUCUAAUGAUGAAUUACUUGAUUCCACUACUUAUAACGACCUCAGUCAAUCAACCUAUUACUCAGGAGAAGCCACCAUUUGGCCUGAUGACUGGAUGAAUGAAGAUUAUGAUGGGAUUAGCGACGCUGCAAGUUACUUUGAAUACAUUUCCGACUCGGAUCCGACGAUGGUGGACAGUCUCUUCUCGCAUUGCGAAAUUCCACAGUCCCCAUGUAGUUCUUCCGCCAGUGGCAUGUUACUUUACGACGAUGAUGAUGAUGAUGAUGCCAAGGAUGGAUUUGUUUUUCUUUUUGAUUUCUAG